CCCCCAGCUCAGGACUUCCGGCCUUUUGGCUGCGGAGAGGCCGCUCUAGCCGCCUGUUUCCUCGGCUCUAUGGUGCCCGGCUGUGGCGCACGUGAGCGACAGACUGAACAGGCCAGUGGGAGCCGCCCGGAGAGACAGCUGGGUUCCCGGCAGCCGCGCCAUGUUUGACGAAGGGGGGUGGAACAAGGAGGAUGGCGGGGAGGCUCUCAGCCAGGCUCUCCUGCACCCUCGGCGCCGCCCUGCCCAGCGCUGCCCCCCGGUGAGCCCCCCUGUCCUUCCAGAGACGUGGACUCACCUGCCUCCCAGAGGCUCCUUGCACAAGCAGCGCAGACGGCUCCUCGCGACCCUGCAGCGCCUGGAGGCUUCGAGCUGCACGGAGCCUCCUCAGAGCCCCGGGCCUCUGUCGGGGGACAGCGAAUCUGAGUCUGACUCUGCGGACCGGGCGGGGAGGAAACAGCCCAGGAAACAGAGACGGGGCCUGAAACCCAGAGCUGCCUCCUCCCCCUGUAUCGCCCCAGGGGCUCCAAGCGGCUCCAGCGCUCCCCAGGCAGGGCCAGAGCCAGACCCAGCUUGCAGGAGACGGAGUAGAGAUUGUGCAGCAGAGGCCCCUGGGGACAAAGCACGCACACCCAGCAAAGAGCCGCUGAGCCGGGAGCCGGGCGCAGCCACUGGGGGGCCUGGUCCAGUGCUGAGCAGGAAGCAGUGGAGGAACAAACAGAAGAAUAAAAGGCGACAAAAGAACAAGUUCAAAGUGGGCCUGGGGCUGGAUGUGGGGCAGAGCCUGGGCGGGGGGCUGGAUGUGGGGCAGGGGACCUCGGCACUGCCCCCGUCGGAGCUCUCGGGGGCGCUGCGGGCCCGGAUGGAGGAGCGGCUCCAGUCAGCCCGUUUCCGCUACAUCAACCAGCAGCUCUACACGUCCAGCAGCCAGGAGGCAGCCCGGCUCUUCCAGCACGACCCUGCUGCCUUCGCCAUCUAUCACCGCGGCUUCGCCCGGCAGGUGGGGCGCUGGCCCGAGAAUCCGGUUCACCGCAUUAUCCAAUACCUGCGGGGGCGGCCGGCCUCGCUGGUGGUGGCAGAUUUUGGAUGCGGCGACUGCAAGAUUGCGACCAGCGUCAGGAACAAGGUUCACUCGUUCGACCUGGUGGCUCUGAGCCCACGUGUCACUGUGUGCGACAUGGCCAAGGUGCCGCUGGCAGACGAGUCUGUGGAUGUCGCCGUGUUCUGCCUGGCGCUGAUGGGCACCAAUCUGCGGGAGAUCCUGGAAGAGGCCAACCGGGUGCUGAGGCCAGGGGGCAUGCUGAAGGUGGCAGAGGUUGCCAGCCGCUUCGCAGACAUCCGGGCCUUUGUGAGUGCCGUGACUCAGCUGGGCUUUCAGAUUGUCUCCAAGGACCUGGACAAUCCGUUUUUCUACAUGUUUGAUUUCUCCAAGACGGGGCCCCCCCGGGCUGGGGGGAAGCUGCUGGGCCUGGCGCUGAGACCCUGCCUCUACAAGAAGCGCUGAGGGGCCCCUCAGCUGGUGUCUGCCCUGGGGGCCUGGCCCCUGCCCUGCCUGGGGGCCCUGCCGCAUGGGGGGAGCUGGGGGGCUGUUUAGUCUCCCAGACAUGCCUGGGGGGGCUGUGUGUGUCUCCCCCUCUGCCCCUGGAAAGGAGGGGGGGCGGUG